GGAGCUGCUCGUAAUCCAUCAUGGCGGCCACGGGGGUCGGUGACCGUCCCUGAGCAGCGCUGGAGCCGGAGCCGGUUCCCGGGUCCCGCGGUUGAGGAGCCCUUCCGUUGCCCACGGCCCUAACCUGCUGGGGGAGGUUGGGUCCCGCGGCGGAGCUCGGGGGAUGUGACCGCCUGACGGCGGCGGCCGUAGCAACGUCCGGGGCCGGGGGAGGGGGUGUCUCUGGCAGAGACCCCCCCCAGGUUAGGGGCAGCUGAGGCGGCCGGGCCUACCCCCCUCCGCCCGCUUCCCGCCCUCGGAGCCUCGGGAGUCCUUCGCCCCUUCCAGCCCAGCCCCGACUCUGGGACCCUGAGGGUGGUCUCUUUCCCCAGACCUGGGACACCCCGAUUCCUGAGGCGUGGAGGAGCGUCGCUCCCGAAGUUUUUCUCCUUGAAAGGGAAGAAGCUGUUACUCAGCCAGUAAAGGACACAAAAUCAAGCAGCUUGGGUCCCAUUGCCCUGAUAUGACUUCAAGUUGAUCAACUGCGAAAAUAAUCGGAACUCCUGUUUACAUAUUGUCAACCUGAAAUCUUCGCUUCCUUUCCUUAUGGGAGAAGAUGCCUUGUUGUGACUGACCUCAGUGACUGACUUGUGGCGAUGCAGUGAAUGUGAAAUCCCACAUACAUACUGUUUUCCUUCUAGCUCACUGCCCAUUCUGAAAGAUCUUGAACCCUCUUCCGGAAAGGGGUGCCUACUGUUACUUUAUGGGGCAGCAGCCUGGAAAAGUUCUUGGGGACCAAAGACGGCCAAGUUUGCCUGCCCUGCACUUUAUCAAAGGCGCAGGGAAGAAGGACUCCUCGAGACACGGGGGCCCACACUGCAAUGUUUUUGUGGAACAUGAAGCCCUUCAGAGACCAGUAGCAUCUGACUUCGAGCCCCAGGGUCUGAGUGAAGCAGCUCGGUGGAACUCUAAGGAAAACCUUCUCGCUGGUCCCAGUGAAAAUGACCCCAACCUUUUCGUUGCACUGUAUGAUUUCGUGGCCAGUGGGGAUAACACUUUGAGCAUAACUAAAGGGGAAAAGCUCCGGGUCCUGGGCUACAACCACAAUGGGGAGUGGUGCGAAGCCCAGACGAGAAACGGCCAAGGCUGGGUCCCCAGCAACUAUGUCACGCCGGUCAGCAGUCUGGAGAAGCACUCCUGGUACCACGGGCCCGUGUCCCGCAACGCCGCCGAGUACCUGCUGAGCAGCGGGAUCAACGGCAGCUUCUUGGUUCGGGAGAGCGAGAGCAGUCCCGGGCAGAGGUCCAUCUCGCUGCGAUACGAAGGGAGAGUGUACCACUACAGGAUCAACACUGCCUCCGAUGGCAAGCUCUACGUCUCCUCCGAGAGCCGCUUCAACACGCUGGCCGAGCUGGUUCAUCACCACUCAACGGUGGCCGACGGGCUCAUCACCACUCUCCACUACCCCGCCCCCAAGCGCAACAAGCCCACCGUCUACGGCGUGUCCCCCAACUACGACAAGUGGGAGAUGGAGCGAACAGACAUCACCAUGAAGCACAAGCUGGGAGGCGGCCAGUACGGGGAGGUGUACGAGGGCGUGUGGAAGAAAUACAGCCUGACGGUGGCCGUGAAGACCUUGAAGGAGGAUACCAUGGAGGUAGAAGAGUUCUUGAAGGAAGCUGCAGUCAUGAAGGAGAUCAAGCACCCCAACUUAGUGCAAUUGCUUGGGGUCUGCACCAGGGAGCCCCCGUUCUAUAUAAUCACAGAGUUCAUGACCUAUGGGAACCUGCUGGAUUACCUGCGAGAGUGUAACCGGCAGGAGGUGAACGCUGUGGUGCUGCUGUACAUGGCCACUCAGAUCUCGUCAGCCAUGGAAUACCUGGAGAAGAAGAACUUCAUCCACAGAGAUCUUGCUGCCCGGAACUGCCUGGUAGGGGAGAACCACUUGGUGAAGGUGGCUGAUUUCGGCCUGAGCCGGUUAAUGACGGGGGAUACCUACACGGCCCACGCUGGGGCCAAGUUCCCCAUCAAGUGGACUGCGCCUGAAAGCCUGGCCUACAACAAGUUCUCCAUCAAGUCGGACGUCUGGGCGUUUGGAGUCUUGCUUUGGGAAAUUGCCACCUACGGCAUGUCACCUUACCCAGGAAUUGACCUGUCCCAGGUGUAUGAGCUGCUAGAGAAAGACUACCGCAUGGAGCGCCCGGAAGGCUGCCCGGAGAAGGUCUACGAACUCAUGCGAGCAUGUUGGCAGUGGAAUCCCUCUGACCGGCCCUCCUUUGCGGAAAUCCACCAAGCCUUUGAAACAAUGUUCCAGGAAUCCAGCAUAUCAGAUGAAGUGGAAAAGGAGCUGGGGAAGAAAGGCAUGCGAGGGGCCGCGAGCCCUCUGCUGCAGGCCCCGGAACUGCCCACCAAGACCAGGACCGCCAGGAGAGCCGCCGAACACAAAGACGCCCCAGACGUGCCCGAGACGCCCCACUCCAAGGGCCCGGGAGAGACGGAUCCUCCGGACCACGAGCCGGCCGUGUCUCCGCUGCUGCCUCGAAAAGAGCGCGGCCCUCAGGACGGCGGCCUCAACGAAGACGAGCGCCUGCUCCCCAAAGACAAGAAGACCAACUUGUUCAGCGCCUUGAUCAAGAAGAAGAAGAAGACCGCCCCGACCCCUCCCAAACGCAGCAGCUCCUUCCGGGAGAUGGACGGCCAGCCCGAGCGCAGAGGGGCCGUCGAGGACGAGGGCCGGGAAGCCAGCAACGGGGCGCUCGCGCUCGCACCCUCGGAUGCGGCCGAGCCAGCCAAGUCCCCAAAGCCCAGCGGCGGGGCCGGCGUGCCCAACGGAGCCUUCCGGGAGUCCGGGGGCGCCGGCUUCCGGUCCCCCCACCUGUGGAAGAAGUCCAGCACCCUGACCAGCAGCCGGUUAGCAGCCAGCGAGGAGGAGAGCGGCGGCAGCUCCAGCAAGCGCUUCCUGAGGUCCUGCUCUGCCUCCUGCGUGCCCCACGGGGCCAAGGACACAGAGUGGCGGUCGGUCACGCUGCCUCGGGACCUGCAGUCCACGGGAAGACAGUUUGACUCGUCCACAUUUGGGGGGCACAAAAGUGAGAAGCCAGCUCUGCCGCGGAAGCGGGCCAGUGAGAACAGGUCCGACCAGGUGACCAGAGGCACCGUCACCCCGCCACCCCGGCUGGCGAAGAAGACCGAGGAAGAAGCUGACGAGGUUUUCAGAGACACAGCCGAGUCCAGCCCGGGCUCCAGCCCUCCCACCCUGACUCCGAAACUCCUCCGUAGGCAGGUUCCAUCUUCCUCCAGCCUUCCCCACAAGGAAGACGCCGGAAAGUGCAGUGCCUUGGGGGCACCUGCUGAGCCGGGGCCCCCCACCAGCAGGGCCGGGCCAGGUGCCUCUGGAGGGCCCAGCAAGGCCCCUGGCGAGGAGUCCAGAGUGAGGAGGCACAAGCCCGCCUCCGAGUCCCCAGGGAGGGACAAGGGAAAGCUGUCCAAACUCAAGCCUGCCCCGCCGCCCCCACCGCCCGCCUCUGUUGGGAAGGUGGGGAAGUCCUCUCAGAGCCCGAGCCAGGAGGCAGCCGGGGAGGUAGGCCCCAGUGGGAAGGCGAAGCCUGCGGCUCUGGCUGUGGAUGCCGUGAACAGUGACGCUGCCAAACCCAGCCAGCUGGGAGACGGUGUCAAAAAGCCUGUGCUCCCGUCCGUGCCAAAGCCACAGUCGUCCACCAAGCCAGCCGGGACCCCAACCAGCCCAGCCUCUGCUCCCUGCACGCUGCCGACAGCAUCCUCUGCCCUGGCGGGGGACCAGCCGUCCUCCACCGCCUUCAUCCCUCUCAUAUCGACCCGCGUGUCUCUUCGGAAAACCCGCCAGCCUCCGGAGCGGAUUGCCAGCGGCGCCAUCACCAAGGGCAUGGUACUGGACGGCACCGAGGCCCUGUGCCUGGCCGUCUCCAGGAACUCUGAGCAGAUGGCCAGCCACAGCGCCGUGCUCGAAGCCGGCAAGAACCUCUACACGUUCUGCGUGAGCUACGUGGACUCCAUCCAGCAGAUGAGGAACAAGUUCGCCUUUCGCGAGGCCAUCAACAAACUGGAGAACAGUCUUCGCGAGCUUCAGAUCUGCCCGGCGACAGCAGGGAGUGGCCCAGCGGCCACCCAGGACUUCAGCAAGCUCCUCAGCUCCGUGAAGGAGAUCAGUGACAUCGUGCAGAGGUAGCAGAAGCUGGGCGUCCAGAGUGUGUGAGGGCUCCCCGUGCCCUUGACGGUGGCUGACAGAGGACCAGCAAGCGGGGACCUUGGCCCGGGAGCCCUGCUCCGGGCAGAGCCGGGGGCCGCCGUGGAGUGCAGCCCUACUCCCUGCGUUGUACACCCACCGUCGUCGCAUGCUCCCCUCUCCGAGGCCCGGCUCCCCGCACCCCCGGCCGCGUUCUGUCUGUGGGGUUCCUGCUCUCUGGACUGUGGUCAGUUGGGCAGCGUGCAGCCUCCUGCCCACGUCGAGCUUCCAGGCUGAGCUCAGGGGCUGGGCGGGAAGGUGAAUGAGCACUUCCUCUUCGUUUUCUUCCCCAAGGACGUCCUUCACCUCCGUUUCACCCCAAGAACGAGUACCCCAAAUGGCAGGGGAGCUGUGUCACCAAGGCCUUGGGACCUGUCACCACCACUCACCCUGUGCAGAGAGGUUGUGCACUCAUCUUUCUUGUGUCUGCUGUGCUGAAGACAUGUUUCCAGAACUACGUCCUGGGAAGAGCUGCCCAAUGGUCACCCUGCCCUCCCCUGCUGCCUGCCACGGGCUGGUGCCCUCACCGUUUCCUCAUGUGAAGGACAGCUCUUGAUCUGGCGGUGAAACAGGGUGCUAAAGCCAAGCAGCCCGUGGGGCCCGGGCCAGGUGGGAAGCUGGGGAAGGAGGUCCAGGGUGUGGGAGAGGUUCCUUGUCGCUGUCCUCUCCGCGUCCGCAGAGCCCAGCUCUUGCUCUGGCGGCAUAUGCACUGCUAAGCCUGGAUAGAAAGCUUGAGUCUUGAGGGUGGCAGGGUCGCUGUUCAGCAGAUGGGGACUGUAGAGGCGGCUGGGGGUGGCCAGCUAGGUGGCCCGGGGCCUGGGCAGGUCUGCAGUGGCUGCAGAGUUAGCUCCCUUCCAAAUCUCCAGGUGCCCUGAAAAGGCGCUCGGUCCUGAUUUGUCACUCUUCCACUCCGUUGUUCUCCUGAGACAGAGUGGGUUCUUGCAGGGCUCUUUCCUGGAGUUCUCGAAGCGCUUCAACGUCCUGCCCUCGGCAUAGCCGCCUCCGAUAGGGGAGGGGCUGCCGCUGAGCGCCAGCGCACAGACGGGAGGAAGAGAUGGGGCUCCAAAGCCCAGUCAGCAUUGGCUGCACUGCUAACGGGCACCUGGCGUAUUUGAUUUACCACCAGCAAAUCACCUGCCCUGAUGUUUCAUUUGGGGUCAUCAGAGAUGAAGAAAGUCACAAACAAAGGAAACCCUGAAAGUGUCUCAAAGGGCAGGCCUCCGUGUCAUCUGCCCCGGGCUGCCCAGGACUGGGCUCAUGGGGCAGGAGCCCAGGCAUCCUUGACCUUGACCUAGAGCAGCUAUUCAGGGGUGGGCAGGCAUCUGCCUGAGUCUCACCAGCCGGGCUCAGAAGCAACCCUUGGAGAAACCGGGAGAAACCACCUUCUCCCCAGCCCUUCUCGUGCCCGCGACCUCGCGCAGGCCCCGUUUUUACCCUAAUCACCGAAAUUGGUCUUUUAUUUCUCCAGCAGAGGUAUUUUCCUCUGGAUCGUUUUAUGCUGUUUUUGCAGCUCAUCACCUCUCUGCCCCCCCAGACUCCUGUGGUGCACAGACUGAGGGAGGGGCCCAAACACCGCCGGUGGCCUUGCAGACAGAGCAAAACAGCCCACGCAGUCCCCUCGGCUGCCUGUUUCCACGAGGUACUGGUCUCUUCGUGUUCACACCAUGUGCCACUAUAUUUUGCAUUUAUACUUUGGUAUUACACUCUUUUAUAGAUUGGCUCUUUUAUAAAUGAUGUGUAAAUAGUUUUCCACUAUCCGCCCUUCUAGAAUGCCUAUGGCAUCUUUUUUUGUUGUUGUUUGGUCCAAUACAUUUUUUUCCUGCAUAUGACUCUGUGUUUUUCAAAUCCACAUCUCUCCUCCGUAGUAUUUUUUAAAUAAAUGUUUACAACAUUAGAACUUGG